ACAACAGAGAAUCUGUUACCAGUUCACCAGACGACGGGAUAUGAUCAGUCAUUAACACAGGAAGAAAUGAGACACGUUACAAGCGUUACUAGCAUAGCUGAAAAGGAAAUCAAUGUUCAGAAAGCUGCCUUCAGCAAGGAAUUCGAAUUUGAAUUAACCCAGGACGAACUAGAGCAUAUAGCACGUGUUUCGUGCAUGGCUGAAGAAGCUUUCGGCAAACGUCAAACAAUACAAAGAUCUGAGGAAUUGAUUGAAGAGGAAGGCGUGAAGUCGGAUUACGAAGAAUAUGACGUGGAGGAAAAGGAAUCAGAGAAAUUUUCGGAACACAGUCAAUCAAAAGCAAGUUCUGCAACGUCAGGUCCGGAUUCGCCGCAGGAAUCCGUGGAUGUUCAGAUGAAUCCGAUUCAAAAUAUCCUACCAUCCGAUGCAAUUGAUGAAUCAGUAAUGGUUGAAAAGGAAAAUGAAGAAAAUGUUCUAAAUGAUGAUAUGGAACAUCUAGUGGAUGCAAUUAGCAAGAAUCUGUUACCAGUUCACCAGACGACGGGAUAUGAUCAGUCAUUAACACAGGAAGAAAUGAGACACGUUACAAGCGUUACUAGCAUAGCUGAAAAGGAAAUCAAUGUUCAGAAAGCUGCCUUCAGCAAGGAAUUCGAAUUUGAAUUAACCCAGGACGAACUAGAGCAUAUAGCACGUGUUUCGUGCAUGGCUGAAGAAGCUUUCGGCAAACGUCAAACAAUACAAAGAUCUGAGGAAUUGAUUGAAGAGGAAGGCGUGAAGUCGGAUUACGAAGAAUAUGACGUGGAGGAAAAGGAAUCAGAGAAAUUUUCGGAACACAGUCAAUCAAAAGCAAGUUCUGCAACGUCAGGUCCGGAUUCGCCGCAGGAAUCC